AUGCCGCGCAAAGCCGGCGGCACGCGCCGCAAGCGGCGCACGCACUUGAAACCGACCUCGGCUGGCCAGUCAGCCGGCACGCCUUCGUCCGUGCCGCGGUCCUUCGUGCUGCGGCGCGGCGCGGUGCCAACGGGUAUCCGGGACCUCGUUCCGGACCUACGGCAGGCGCUGAUGCCGCACACGGCGGUGAACCUCCGCGAGCGCAAGUCGAACAACAUCCGGGACUACCUCUCCGUGGCGUCGCAGCUUGGGGUGUCGCACCUGUGGCUGCUCUCCGCGACCGCGCGUGCGCCGUACCUACGGAUCGCGACCGUGCCGCAGGGCCCGACGCUGACGUUCCGGAUCGUGAACUACUCGCUGUGCGCGCACGUGCGGGCGAUGCAGAGGCGGCCGCACGUGGCGCAGGCGCGCGACAUGGACGAGGCGCCCGUGCUGGUGAUGAACCGGUUCGGCGGCGGCGGCAAGGAGAGGCAGCUGGUGGCGGAGACGCUGCGGCAUUCGUUCCCGGCGCUGCAUGUGGGAGAGACGAAGCUGGCGGCGCUGAGGCGCGUGCUGCUCGUGGAUCGUGACGAGGAGAGCGGCGAGAUAAGGAUCAGGCACUACGCGCUCAAGGUGCACGCGGCUGGGUUGUCGAAGCCCGUACGAAAGCUGAUUACUAAGCGACGCGUGCCGAAGCUGGCUAGGCUCGCCGAUGUGGCGCAGCUAAUGGACGGGAGUGCGGCUGGUGUGCUGAGCUCGGAUAGUGAGGUGGAAGGGAUUGGGGAGGCUGGGCGAGUGACGCUGGGGCAGCAGGUCAAGCAUUUGAAGAAGGGGGCGAAUAGUACGGUUAAGUUGGUGGAGCUGGGGCCGAGGUUGACGUUGAAGUUGGUGAAGAUUCAGGGGGGUGUGUGCGAUGGGCCGGUGCUGUUUCAUGAGUUUGUGCGGAAGAGCGAGGGAGAGGUGGAAGAGGAUCGGAAGCGGAUUGAGAGCAAGGAGGCGCUGAAGAGGAAGAGGAGAGAAGAGCAAGGGAAGAAUGUAGAGAAGAAAAUGGAGGUGAAGAGGGCCAAGAAGGCGCGGCAUAAGAGGAACGUCGAGGCUAGGGUCAGGGCGGAGGCGGAGGCGGAGGCGGAGGCGGAGGCGGAGGAGAGAAAGGCGGCGGACGCUGGGGGGGAUGACGGCGAUGAUGAGGGAGGGGGAGGAUGA